GUCAUAACGAGUAUUGUACUGCUUUGUACACACACAUUGAAUUUGUUGGAUGGAGAAUUCAUGAAAAUAGUAGAGCCUCUACAAAACUACGGACGAAGGCCUGAAGUGGCGUAUGGAUUGGCAGUUCCUCAAUGCAAAAAAUCGUCCAAGAAUCUGAUUGGUUAUCAACAAGAUGAUCGGGAUGAAAAUCUUAUAAUUUAUAGUAAAAUGCCUAAAUGUGGAAGCACUACUCUCUACACCAUCUUCAAAAAUAUGCGUCAUUCAUCAAAACAUUUCAUUACAAAGAAGGUGGUCACUCCCAAACCAGAAGCGCUACAAACCAUUGAAAGUAAAAGGAAAUAUAUAUCGACUAAAAUAUUACCUCGAAGGCCAUAUAUUUUCAUUGGGCACUUAUCUUUUCUGGACUUUAUUGAACUCGGAUAUAAGCAGCCGUUGUACAUUGAUGUAGUACGCGAUCCAAUCGAUAGAUGGCUCUCACUGUAUCAUUACAAACGGGAGUCAUCGUGGAGAUUGAAAUUGACCCCCAAUGAGAUUAAGCAACCCCUCGAAGAGUGCCUUAAAAUAUGGAUAAAUCAGACAGGGUGUUCGGGCAUGAGUUUAAGAGCCACGGCGGAGUGUUUAAAGACACAGCCAUACAAGGGCUGUCGAGAUGAACAGAUUGUUUCAACUUACCCUUUGUGGUUUUCUGGCCAGUACAUCAAUUCCUCAUUAGUGUCAGUGCAAAGAGCUAAAACCAACAUUGAAAAAUAUUAUACUUUUAUAGGUAUAACUGAACGCUUUGAUGAAACCGUAAAAGCGAUGGAAACAAUUCUGCCAAGUUUUACUAAUGAACUCUCAAAGGCAUAUGCGUCUCUUAAGCGAAAACGCGCAAAUAUUGGGCGUAACAAAGUAAGACCUUGCAAUGAAAGUAUCGCUGUGAUGAAAGAAUUGUUGACAGAUGAUUAUCAUCUUUAUGGAUUCAUACGUCAACGGUUUAACGUACAUUUAAAUUGCUUUGGCAUAAUAUGACAAAAUAUGUUCAUGGAUAAAACACAAUUCGAUACCUUGUUAUUUGUUCACAUAGAUAUGAAAUA